AUGGCGGUUGAACAGACCAAACACAUGGGAAGCUUACAAGCUAAGGACGUCUCGAUUCGCACGCAGACAAUAAUAUGGCCCACGUCGACUUUUGUCACCACUUGGACUCUAGGGGGCGAUUCUGACCCGACGGAGACUCCAGCUACGGUAGCUCCAGCACCAGAUUCGACUUCAAAUGGAGGUCAGAACGUUGGCCCAAUCUUAAGUGGUAUCGUGGCGUUCUUAGUGUUAGUACUGGUUGUUUGGUUGUGUUGCCGCCGAAGUUCCUUCAAGGGUCGCAACUCAAGACGUUCAAGUCGGCAACGAGGAUCGGGCCCUCCAAGUAAGGGUAGUUCUAGCGAGUCAGCGACAUCAAAUAACUCGUCUCGGCGUGGAAGGAGUGUAGGAUCCGCCGCGAGUGAGAUUAUAGACGGGAACCAGUGGAAUCAACAAGGCCCGGUUCCUGUGGAACACUUGCCGGAGAUGCCACCGCAAGCUGCCGGAAGGUGGCCAGUACCUGCUCCGCAACCGAAUCCGGGAAUGGGACAAAUGCCGCCGCCGGGUAUGGGUUUUCCUCUUGGUCGGGGUGGGCCUCCGCCUAUGAUGGGUCGUGGAGCGCAUCCCGGAGCCAUGCGAUAA